AAAAAAUAAUUUAUUUAUUUUAAAUUUUCAUGAAUAUUUUUUUUUUAACAAAAAAAUGAAAAAACAGAACUGUGGAACGUACCCAUGUGAGCAUCAGCCCAAACCCAAACACAAUUACACAAUAAACACAAAGCUUCUAGAGGAUAUGCUCCUCCACAUCUUCCCUCUCUCGCCAGCUCUCGUGAAAUCCGAUUAUCAGAGACUAUAUGACUUCUUGUACGAAGCAUCUAUGCCAGUUCUCGACGAAGCAGAGAAAAUAAGGAUCUCGCGGGACGAAGCCUACCACAACCUCCUCUUCACCACUUGCUUCAAUUCCUUUGGCGGGAUGAAGAUCUUCUUCCCCAAUGUGUUGAAAUGGAUCAGCCGUGCAGGCGUUCGGCUCCACGUGCAACUAACUAAGGAGAUUAGAGUCAGAUCCAACAGCAGGAAGGUGACGAUGGUGGUGAUGGAACAAAUGCUGCUGAUGAAUUCUGCUAUGUACAAGGCCUUUCGGAUCAAACCUUGUCGUUACAAUUCGGGAGGGUGAAGCGAGACCUAGAGAUCGAGAACCACGAUGCGACGUUCGAGGUGAAGGAAGGUGAGGGCCAUGAGCUGAGGCAUGAGGGAGAAAUGGGGAGUCGCCAAGUCGGGAGACGGGGACCUAGGUCAGUGGGUUAGGGAUAUAUAUAUGAAUAUGACUCAAAUAAACCCGAGUGACCGGACCCGAACCUGGGUUGACCCGUUUAUAAAUAAGAGGGUCACGGAUUGACCUGUUUAUAAAUGAGUUAACUUCCAGACCCGUUUUAACUGGGAGUCACUGACAGGUCUGGACCCGUUUUGCCAGGUGUAUGGGCAGGUAUCAACAAGCUGGAGGUAUGGGUCAAGUGCUCUACCCACCAAGCGUCAUCCCAAGUUCAACCUCCGUAACUUUCUUUGGGCGACAGGCCUAGCAGAAAAUAAAUGAGCUUUAUUUGGGCCCGGUGGUGCUUUUAAGUGUUCGAGGGCCCAAACUCGAGCCUUCUAUUCACUACUCCAAGCUACGCGGUCCCAUAGCCUCCCAAACGCAGCGUUUUUAAGUACACACGGCAAACUUCGUCUCUAAAGUCCGACGCCCCUGAAAAAAAGGGUGCAAAAGCACUGAUAUGUUACAGAAGAAGGGGAAGAAGAGGGAAGAAUGGAUGACUCUCUGCAAAUUCAAACAUUCGAACGAGUACCUUCGGCCGCUAAUUUUGCUUCUCAGAUUGAACCACGGAACGUUCCCGUUGUCUUUAAUGGGUGUAUAAAGGAUUGGAAAGCUGUUUCCUGUUGGAAUCCCUCUAGUGGGGGCCUCGACUAUUUGCAGGAACGAGUAGGAUUGUCUACUGUGGAGGCUAUGCUUUCCAAAUCUGCACCAGUUUUUUAUGGUGAUCUUAGAAGCCAUGAAAGGGUUCAAUUUCCAUUUUCAGCCUUUAUAGAUUUUUGUAAGCAACAUCUACGGAACACAGAUGAUGGGCAUGGUGUUUGUUUUGAGUCAGAAAGGCCCAUGCUGGCAGGGUCUAAUACUGUUGAGGAUUGUUUGCUGCCUGGAGAUGCUCCUCAACAGGUUUAUUUAGCCCAGGUACCAAUUAUGAAUAUUGAGAAGGAAGAUAGGGCUCAAUUGGAAGCUCUAAGAGAAGACAUUCAAAUCCCUGAAUUUUUGGAGAAAAAAGAACUAGCUUCAAUCAACUUGUGGAUGAACUGUGCUCAAACAAGAUCAAGUACUCACUAUGAUCCACACCACAAUCUUCUAUGCGUAGUUGGUGGGUGCAAACAAGUUGCUUUAUGGCCUCCGUCUGCCAGUCCCCUGUUAUAUCCAAUGCCUAUCUAUGGGGAGGCCUCAAACCAUAGUUCUGUUGCUUUAGAAAACCCUGAUUUUUCGAUUCAUCCUAGAGCAGAACACUCAAUGGACAAUUGUCAGAAGGUUAUUCUUUACGCAGGUGAUGCACUACUCAUUCCUGAAGGCUGGUUCCAUCAAGUGGAUAGUAGUGAUUUGACUGUUGCUGUCAACUUUUGGUGGCCAUCCAACAUGAUGUCUAGCAUGUUAGAACACAUGGAUGCAUAUUAUUUGCGCAGAAUCCUAAGAAGAUUGGUCGACAAAGAAAUGAAUCAAGUGCUGCAUAAGGAUUCUUCAGCUGGUAUAGAGAAGAUGAAGCAGGUGUCUCUGUUGUCUACUAGUAAAGAAACAGAUCAAGGCCAUGAUUUGGACCUGAAGUGUGGGAACAAGGAUUUAAAAAGGAAUAAACUAAAGCAGAGUACAAUGUUGGAUGAAUUGGAGCCCCUUGCUCUUCAAGCGAUUCACGAACUUGUUUCUUUAGUUCAUGACCGUGUUAAUUUUUCUGAUCAAAGGCAACCAGUGCAAUCAACUUUGACAGAUGAUUCGGCAACUAGUGCAAAGGGUGACUACAGGAACAAUUUGAUAGCUGAUUUAUUUCGACCAGAAGAUGAUCCUGUUGCUAAAAUCAUUUGGGUCCUUGAACCACUUACCCUCCAUAAUGUCUUUCUUGCCAUGGCACACAACUUCCCAAGAACUUUGGAGGCUCUAAUACUGAACUUGCUUUCACCAGUAGGGGCAGAGGUCCUUACACAGAAGUUUGAUGAGAUGGAUAGACAGACCACCGGAGAAGCUAGGAACAAAUUCUAUCAAGUUUUUUAUGGAGUAUUUGAUGACCAGUUCACUGCUAUGGACAAAAUUCUGAAUGGGAAGGAGUCAUUUGCAUUCCAGGCCUUGAAGAAUGUUUUGGAUCAAUAUUUAGGAGUAAAUGUUGAAGGGUCAAAAUCAUCAGUUGGAUGAGACAUCAGCGGGGACAAACUUCUCUAAAGAAAUUGGUCCUGCCAGUAGUCUUGGGUCUUGCGACAACCAAUUGAUGCAUGUUAACACACAAGCUUUUGUCCCAAUCAGAACCUUCACAUGUGAGUGCUCCAGUCUUAGAUAAUAUGAAUCAUUACUGACUUUUUAAUGGUGCUGUAUUCCUAAGCUGCCCCUGGCUUAUCUAAUCCAUGUUAAAUGACUUGCAAAACAUGCAACUCUUCAAUUGUUUGAAUGUUUCCCAA